UUCUGGGAGACUUCCUUCCCCCAGUUCGUCCUUACUUCAUCUCCCAGCAGGGCUGCCUGCUGGACCUGGUGAUCCUGCUUCCGUAGGAAGGGAGAGAGCCUCCACCUACCCUGCUCUCCUUCCUUCCCUCCCCAGUCCCUCACCCCCUCUCUUCCCCUCAGGCUGGCAGGAUUCCUCGGGCAGAGCAUGCAAUCAGUUUGCAGGGAGCAGCCGCAGCCACAGGAAAGAUGCAGAAGCACAACCAGAAGGAGCACCUCUACAAGCUGCUGGUGAUUGGGGACCUGGGAGUGGGCAAAACCAGCAUCAUCAAGCGUUAUGUCCACCAGAACUUCUCCCCCCACUACCGGGCCACCAUCGGCGUGGACUUUGCUUUGAAGGUGCUGAACUGGGAUGCUGAGACUGUGGUACGGCUGCAGCUCUGGGAUAUUGCGGGACAGGAAAGAUUUGGAAACAUGACCAGGGUGUAUUACAGAGAGGCUAUGGGGGCAUUUAUUGUCUUUGAUGUUACAAGACCUGCGACGUUUGAAGCAGUGACAAAAUGGAAAGAGGAUUUGGACUCUAAGUUGGUUCUUCCAAAUGGCAAACCUGUGCCAGCAGUCCUAUUAGCAAAUAAAUGUGACCAGGGAAUAGAUGUUCUUAUGAACAACGGCAUCAAGAUGGAUCAGUUCUGCAAAGAGAAUGGUUUCGUGGGCUGGUUUGAAACAUCAGCCAAGGAAAAUAUAAACAUCAAUGAAGCUUCCAGAUGCUUGGUGAAACACAUAAUUGCUAGUGAGAGUGAUCCAGUUCAGUCGGUUGAACCAGAUAUUGUAAAACCACACUUGAAUUCCUCCAAGAUUGUCAGUUGUUCAGCUUGCUUUAAAUCCUAAGAGACUUCCAGACUAUUACAAGAGCUGAACAACUAUGAUUCACAAUUUAUACUUUAUUCAACGAAACCAGCCUGCCCACAUUGUCCCUAAGCAGAUUGUAAUUUUCUCAAAAAUAUAUUUAAAUUUUUCUCUCUUUUUUUUCAGCUAAAAUUUAUUAUGAGGUAUUCGUUGAUAGAAACUAUUCAAAACUCUCUAUGGCUAUUGGUCAAGUAAGACUCAUGGUGAUGGCUGUGUUUUCCUAUUUGGAUAGCACCAGUGAUAUCAAAACCUAUUUCUUUGACAUGUGGUUUUUGAAAAUUCGUAUUUGUGAUGGGACUGCAGCAGCACCCUACUUGUCCAUUGAUUUCCAGGAUGUUUUUGCAAUACCUUGACCAGGCAAAGGUCAUCAUUGUGCUCUGUCACCCCUCAAACUUGAAUGAUCUUUUUUCAUAUAAGGAAGAUUAUGAUGAAGAUGAAAAUUGAGCUGUUCAAAAAGAGACACCAAGAAUGCUUACAGUUAAAUAUUCCCCUUGCAAGUUCAGUCUCCUGGAUGUAGUGACAGGACUGAACAUACAGGAACAUUUCACGUCAUUUAGCUCUCCAGAAGAUCUGAGCUUCUGAGACUGAUGAAGGAUUGGCUCCCUCUUUCUGAGGAGUUGCUUUCUCAUAGGUGAUAGCCUUAUCUUAGAUGAAGCAAAAUAGAACAAAUCAAGGGUGAGGGGUGACAAAAGAGGCAAUCAGGGGUGCAGCCUCCUGGUGAAGAAGAUCAGGGUUUUCUGAAAGGGUUAUCUAUUCCAUAAAGCCAGAAUUUCCUCUGGAAAGUCCAUAUUGAUUUUUUCCCUGCCUUUCAUCCCUCAUGCCACAGAUACCCCCGAGUGUUUAAACUGUGUGUAUUCUAUAAGUCCUAACAUGCAUCCCUUCAUUGUGUUUAUUCUCAUGGGAAAAUUCACUAUCCAUACUCUAAGAAACCAGCAGAACUUUUCAGGAAUCCAUCUGUGUUGAGUAAAAGGGUAUUUGCUUUCUAAAAACAUUCUUCUAAAAUGUAUAUGAAUCAUCACAGGAAGCAAGCAAAAUGAAACAGUCUUAUGAGACACUUCUGGAAGAUGUGAAGAAUUUAUUGAGCUGUACUGUGGAAAUUAAAUUGCUGAUUUUCAACAUCUCACAAAAAAUGCAUGUUGGUGGGGUCAUUCAGAGAAGUGUGUCUAGACAAGAAGUCUUGACAUCUGGCUGUAAGCCCCUUCAACACAAACUUUGCCUUUAUCCUGCCAUAAACAAAUCACUUGAAUUUUCUGUUCAGAUUUUUCCUUCCUAAGCUGUGAACUCUCACAGAACUCUCACUCUUCUUCUCUAAGAGUUCCUCUUCUUAGAGAGGUGUAACAGCAUGGAAGGGAGGAGACAAAAUCACAUGGUGCUUUAUGUUUGCAGGUGUCAUUGCAAUACUCCACUGAACACUUAGCUGGAAAUGAAGGAGUGAAAUUCUCAGUCUAGUGAAUACCUGCUGCAUAGGAAAAAUUUAAAAAAAAAAAAAAAAAAAGAAAAAAAAUUCCUCAAGCUGACUUUAUACUGUGGGACCUAUGAAGUUCAUAUGCCUGUAAAAUUGGCAAUGUAUGGUGUAUGUUUGGAUUCAAAGUUCUUUUCCAAUCUAAAUGAUUCUAUGACUUUGUGCCUCUGUCACUAAAUGCUCUGUUACUAUAUAGGCACUGCAGACAAGUGCUAUGUUUCUCUCCCUGGAGAGCCAGGGACAGAGACAUAGCUCUUUAUGUGCUCUUCCUAAAGCCUUUUAUUCUUCUCACAGAAUUUUGAAAUAAGAAGUAAGGUCUCUAGUUUUAAAAAUAAAAAUUCACAUCCAGAAUUAAUCUGCACAGACAUAGAUGUAUGGAUACUUAUAUAUAAUGAGCUGACUUUUUUGAGAGUAUUUUUCAAGUUGUCUUGGAUGCUGUGUCAUCCUUUAAUACCUGUGUUAAACGUUCUUUAACUCCUGCUGUGAUCUGUAUCAAAUACCUUAAGCAUCCUGCCUCGGUUUCCUCAUCUGUAAAACAGGGACCUAUGUACACACCUACCUCACAGCACUCCCUGAAAGUUACUGCUGGCACCUUGCUUUGGGGAUACAUGUUCUACAAAUGCCAAGCUCUGAUACUGCUCAGAAUGAAAUAAGAGUGCCCCCUAGCAUAAAUACAUGGUGCUGUAAAGCCUUAGUGUUAUAAAUUUAUCAAAGGCUUGCCUGUGCUACAAAAAUUAGCUUUAAUUAUUCCACCUCAGUUAAGCUGGUCAAGGUUAUAAAGCAACGUGUGACUGCAUGGGCUGAUCAGACUGGCUGCAGAUGGUCUGCAAACGGAAACUGUGGCUGCACAGAUGUCAUGGCACUAGUUUAAUAAUCUCAGCAACAAAGCUGCAAUUCAGAGCUAGUACCACAUCAGUUAUUUCAAAUUUAAAGCAUCAUUUAAAUCAAGUCAUAUGGGCGCCUUAUUAAGGAUAACAAUUCAUAUCCUGAGCAAACACUGUGGAGAAUACAAGGAACUAGAUAUUUCAGAUAGCUUCUAAAGGACUAAUUUUUCAUGAGUUGAGCACCAUACUUCACUUAUGAAUCUGUGGGUGUCAGGUGAAACAGAGGAAAUGUCAUCCAAAAAUGCUUUUAUGCCCAACUCGCAACAAACCCAGGAGUUCCUAAUGUGUUUUGCUUAUCUUCAUAUCACCUUUAUUUGGUGGCUUCUAGCAAUACUCACUAAGCAUAAUGGGAAAUUCCACAAGACUUUGAGAACUAUGGCUAAAGAUCUGGUAUAACAGUAGUUAAAACAACCCUGCAUAAAUAAAACACUUAAAUGACAUAUAGAGAUAUUUUUGUUCCGCACUAUAUUGUAUAAACCAGCUUUAAAGUAUGGGGUCAUUAUCUGUUCCAUAAUGUUUCUGUCAUGUCAGGUUCCACUGCAGUCACCUCUUGGGCAGAUUUUCCAUUUCUGGUAGAUGGAGGACAAAGUGUGGCCAACUGUUAGACUAAGGACUAUACAGAAUAUAAGUUAUAAAGUCAUACAUAUUUACACCAUGAGACUUAGAAGAAUAUCACAAAGAAUCAGGCCUUCUUAGGAGGUUACAUAAUUACAUAUGCUCAUUUUUAUUUGUACUAAAGUGAUAAAAAUUUGUCAAGUCUUUUUCUAUAACACAAUAAAUGUGUGAAUGCAACCUGAAUAUCUAGCAAACAGAGCCUUUUUAGAGGAGGAUGUUGUUGUAGGCAGGCCAGAAUAAAAGCUUUAAUUUAGAAUUAAUGAGUUCAGUUUGUGCCAAUACCCUUUCAGGAAAUGUAAAGUUUAAUUAUACUGUGUCAGUCUCUAACAGCUUGGAUUUCCUUAGGUUUUUGAUGCACUCUGUGCUAUGUCCUCUUUGCUGGUCACCAGGGACCAGGCAUCUUAAGCACACAUCCAUUUCAAAAUUAAACAUUUUCCCUUUCUGUUUGCAAUAACUAAUGAACAAUGAGUCUCUAUUGCCUUGCAAAUGGACAAAGGUACUGCAAAGUGGAAUUAAAAUUAAUUUUCAUUCUAGUUCUCCAAAUACGCCCUUCUGGAUGUCCCAGCACCUCAAACCACACGUUGAUGAGCAAGGGAGCUGCUGAACAUGAGAGACCACCCCAAAACAUUCAAAGAGAAGAGUGGUUGAACAAUUUCACCCCCAGACAUCAUUUGCAACACCAGUAAUGACAGAAUGUCUUUCAUUUUCCAUCUUGAAGCUCCAUACAAAAGAAAAAUUCAUGACCCUAAAUACUUUGGGCAGCAUAGACAUAUUGCUGACAGGAAAAUGGAUGGAGUGAAAGAUAAUUAUUCAGUUAUUCCAGAAAGAUCAUAAUUUAUUUGACCAGGUUCAGUUUUCAAUAGAAAGACAUUUGGAAAUUGAAAAUCAGGCUUUGUUACUCUUACACACCUUUUUUUUAGUUAAUAUAUUUUCAAUAAUUUUUCUAUUCAGAAAUAGUGUUCCAACAGUACUUUAUGCAUUCAGCUUAAAUUGUUGUACUCUUCAGAUUUAUUUUUUUUUCUGUUUUAAGCUACCUGAUUCUAUAAAAUGGGGAGGGAGAGAGCUAAGGAGAAUGUGCACCUUUAAACAGCAAUGUUGUUUUAUUUCUUGAAACACUUUUUGUAGCUGGAUAAAGUGAAACUGGUAAACAGAUGUGAGAAAUUAAUUUAGUGUCAAUUGUCAGGAAACAGUCAAUCAAAAUAUCUUUUACU